AGUGCGUGCUUCUCCGUAGUACUGUACCUCCCACAUGUCACGUAGCUCCUUUGCAUCCCAACAUUUAUGAACACCCCCACCUCCAAAUCCUCAGACCGGAAUUCGAUCGAGAGAGAGAGAGUUUUGUUUCCGUUCUUCUAUAGAUGAUAUAUCGCCGGCGAUGAGCUUCCAAAUGCAGUGCCUUAAACCUGCUGCCGUAAAUGGAUCCGGCAAUCCCCUCGCCGACAUCACCUCCGCUCGCCGUCGCCACCACUGCUCCCGCCAUUCUGCUCGCUGGUGGGCUCGGUUCUCCCGGCGAUGGAAGUUCCGCCUCGGCGGCGUCGGCGACGACGACGAGGCCGCGCCGUCAUCGCCGAAGGGCGAGUGCUACGCGUGCACGCAGGCGGGGGCGCCGGCGUUCCACUCGACGAGCUGCGACCGCGCGCACGCCCCGGAGUGGGAGGCCAGCGCCGGCUCCUCCCUCAUCCCCAUCCAGAACACCGCGGGCGCCGGCGAGCGGCUGUCCGGGGGGCGGCCGGCGCGGGCGUUUGGGGCGGUGCUGGACCCGCGGAGCGGCAGCGUGCAGAUGUGGAACCGGGGGCUGCUGCUGGCCCGCGCGGUGGCGCUGGCGGCGGACCCCGUCUUCUUCUACGCCGUGUCGCUCGGGGCGGCGGCGGAGGGGGAGGGGGGAGGGUGCGUGGUGGGGAUGGACGGGAGGCUGGGGGCGGCGGUGGCGGCAGUAAGGACGUGCGCGGACGCAGUGCACGUGCUGCACGUGUGGAUGCAGCUGAGGCUGGCGUACGUGUCGCGGGAGUCGCUCGUGGUGGGGUGUGGGAAGCUCGUGUGGGAUCCACGGGCCAUCGCCUCCCACUACCUCCGCUCCCUCAAGGGUUUCUGGUUCGACCUCUUCGUCAUCCUUCCCUUACCCCAGAUUGUCUUCUGGUUUGUGCUGCCAAAAUUGGUCAAAGAGGAAGAGCUCAAGCUUAUAGCAACGAUCCUCCUAUCGAUUUUCUUGUUCCAAUUUCUUCCCAAGGUUUAUCACAGCAUCUGUAUGAUGAGGAGUAUGCAGAAGGUCACUGGCUACAUAUUUGGAACCAUUUGGUGGGGUUUUGGGCUCAACCUUAUUGUCUAUUUCACCGCAUCGCAUGUUGCUGGGGGCUGCUGGUAUGUCCUUGCGAUCCAACGUGUUGCCUCGUGCCUUCAACAGCAAUGCCAGAAGAAUAAUAAUUGUGAUCUCAUGUCAAUGGCCUGUUCCAAAGAAGCCUGUAAACUCCUUUCAUUACCAGCUGGCAUCGAUGAAUUAUCUUGCAUCAAUAACCUGACAUUUGUGGGAAAUCAAAAUCUCCAUGCAUGCUUAAAUGUAGAUGGACCAUUUCAGUAUGGUAUAUAUGAUGCAGCUCUUCCUGUCAUAUCCAGCAACUCACUUGCUGUUAAGAUUCUUUACCCUAUAUUUUGGGGCCUUAUGACUCUCAGCACUUUUGGCAAUAAUCUUGUUCCAACUAGUCAAUGGCUGGAAGUGAUAUUCAGUAUAGCAAUAGUACUAAGUGGCCUCAUGCUCUUUACUCUCUUGAUUGGGAACAUUCAGAUCUUUCUGCAUGCAGUCAUGGCAAGGAGAAGAAAGAUGCAGCUAAGGUUUCGAGACAUGGAAUGGUGGAUGAAGCGAAGACAACUGCCCUCACGCUUGAGGCAGAGAGUACGACAGUAUGAAUGCCAGAGAUGGGCCACGAUGAGAGGGGAGGAUGAAAUGGAAAUCAUCAAGGACUUGCCAGAUGGGCUAAGACGAGACAUCAGGCGCUAUCUCUGCCUCGAUCUCAUUAAGCAGGUGCCUUUGUUCCAUAGCCUGGAUGAUCUUAUCCUCGAUAACAUAUGCGACAGAGUUAAGCACCUUGUCUUCUCCAAGGAGGAAAAGAUCAUUAGAGAAGGAGAUCCAGUGCAGCGAAUGGUUUUUAUCGUACAGGGGCACUUGCAAAGCAGUCAAAAAUUCAGCAAAGGAAUGGUGGCAAAAUGCAUGCUAGGCCCUGGAAACUUUCUGGGAGAUGAGCUCCUUUCAUGGUGCCUCCGUCGCCCAUUUAUGAAUCGGUUACCAGCUUCUUCAGCUACAUUUGUUUGUGUUGAGCCAACAGAGGCCUUUGGAUUAGAUGCACACCACCUACUCUACAUCACUGAGCACUUCAGGUACAAAUUUGCAAAUGAUAGACUCAAGAGAACAGCAAGGUAUUACUCGUCGAAUUGGAGAACAUGGGCAGCAGUUAACAUUCAACUUGCAUGGCGCCGUUACAAGGCCAAAACUAGAGGUGUGACGAUUCAGCCAUCAGAACUUGGUGACAGCGAAUGCCGUCUUCGGCUUUUUGCAGCAAUGUUCAUGUCAAUCCGACCUCAUGAUCACCUUGAGUUGUGUGGAUAAGGUCUCAGUUUUGAGCUGACACAUUUCUGUGGGAAGGAUUCAUUUUGCUGCCGAGCAAAAUAAUUUCAAGAAGAUGGAUUUCAUCUAGAAGCAUGAGAGAGAGAGAGAGAGAACAGUUCUACCAGGAAAACUUUAAUGAACAGAUUACUUCUUUUAAGAUGAGAAGAAUGGAUUUUUUUUUUUGUAGUUUUCUGAAGGAUAGAAUUAAUAAAGAUCUUUGUUCUAUAGAACUCAGCAUUAUGUGUUUCCAUUCUAUGGACAAUUCAAUAUGCUUGUGAGGGAGGCAUCAGAGAGAUUGUUUGCAUGGCCCAUCCUCUGAAGUGCUUGUAUUCUAAUAAUAAUCUUCAGAGUCGAAGGGGGUGUUUUCAAAACAGAGAAGGGAU